UGCCAAAACAGUUUGCAUAUAGUAUUUCAUAAGCUAUGGUGAGUAAAAUGAAAUACGAAAUUUAAUGAAUCACAUUACCCGCCUUCCCACAACCGACAACUGAGCUGCUCUGCUCAAGCACGGAAAAUGGUUCGAGGAGGCAAGAAAGAUGUCACCGCCGCCGACCCGGAGGCGGGAGAGAGGUCACGGCUGAAGAAAUUGGCCUUCUCCCGAAACAUUCUGUCGCAGGCUGCCGUGAAGGUGGCCACUUCAGAUGCUCUCGGCCCGUCAAAAACGGUGAUCAAGCACCACGGCAGGGAUAUUUUGAGGAAGUCACAGCGGAAGAACAAAUACCUCUUCUCCUUCCCGGGCCUUCUCGGCCCCAUUUCUGGUGGAAAAAUCGGGGAGCUCAAAGACCUUGGCACCAAAAACCCCAUUCUAUACCUAGAUUUCCCCCAGGGUCAGAUGAAAUUGUUUGGAACAAUUGUUUAUCCAAAGAAUAGGUACUUGACACUGCAAUUUUCCAAGAGCGGGAAGAAUGUAACAUGUGAUGACUACUUUGAGAAUAUGGUAGUAUUUUCAGAUGCUUGGUGGAUUGGGACAAAAAAGGAGAAUCCAGAAGAGUUACAGCUUGAGUUUCCUAAGGAGCUCAAUAAGGAAAAUCAUGCAGAAGUCGAUUUCAAGGGUGGAGUAGGGGUCACGUCGGACUGUAAACAAAGUUCUGGAAAACCUGCAAUGAAAAGCUUGGAACGAGAGUCUGAAAAAGUUUAUUUAGAGGAUGAGUUAACUGACGGUCCAAAUGAUUACAAAGAGUUGGACGAAAUGACUCCCACCAGACAUUCAGCCACGACCGCUGGGAAAAUGUUCAGAUUUGCAGAAUCAUCUGGGGAUGAUUUUAUUGAAAAUGGAGAUGAGACACCUGAAGAAGAGGAUGUGAAAGUUGAUACUGAAACUAAAAGAAUUUACCCAUCUACAAAUAUCCUUGUUAUUGUUUUUCCCGUUUACCAAGCUAGGAAGUAGCUUGUAUAUUUGUCUAGACCCCCCCCCCCCUCUAAUAGUUCACGUGUAUGCACAAGAGUAUUGAUCUCCUAUAGAAAAUUUCCUUAUAGACAUAUACAGACAGAAAAUUGCUCCCCUUCUGUAUUUGAGGGUGACAACAAUGAUGCCAGAAAAGAUCCAGCUUCAGAUCGAUAUAAGCGGACUGGUAAGGCUAAGGAUGCCUCUGAGAAUCAGAGCACACCUCUUGUUCAGACAACAUUAUCUUCACUGUUUAAGAAAGUGGAGGAGAAGAAGGGGAAGAAGGAUGCAGAAAACAAAACCAACACUUCUGAAGCCUCAAAGCCUAUAAAAGGGAGAAAGAAAACAGGGGGAAGAAAAUCUGGUUAGCACCCUCACCCUGCUUCUGUCUCUCUCGCCGUGUAUUCAAUCAAUAUGAUGCUGUUCGAAUUCAUGGAUGGUAAGUAAGGACCAGAAAAAGAAACAUGAGGACAUGAGUGAAAGUGAUGAAGAUUGGACUGUUUGAAAUGGCGGCACUAUACACUAGAGCAUCAAAGUUGAUGAGAUUCUGCAGGACCGUGUUACCCUCCCUUAAUUCAGACAUAUAUACUAAAGAAAUCCACAGGUCUCUCCCUCUCCCUCUCCAUACACAUCAAUGUAUUAGUGCAAUAGAACCAGCUCAAUUUUCCUUUCCUUUUCCUGUAUCCUCUUCACCGAUUUUUAUUUUUUGUAUGAAAAUUCUGAAGCCAUUCAAUUUAGCUGUGGAGACAGAUUGAUGUUGAAUAGAGCAGCAUCGAAUUCAAAAUUCCUUAUUAAUUUGAAUAAAAAUAAGGGUAAUUCAGUUA